AUGUUCACGGUAUCUGGGCGGGCAUUUUUGGCCUAUGUCCUAAGCGAACCAAGACAAACAAGCGAAGAAAUGGUGGUUGUUCCAGACUUGUAUGCCCUGUAUGUUACCCUAGCCACUCUUGGAAACUAAGGAUUGCUUCGACUGGUACGAAGUAUGCCGACUUCUAGUGAGUUCUCGAGUACUAUAAGAAGAGAGACAAAUCCUCUCAUGUUACAUUCCUCAUCACAUCAUCUUCUCUGAUCACUUCCUCUCGCUCAUAUCAAAAGCAUCUUCUCAGCACUUUUUGGCUACCACGCAUUCAUCAAUUUCCCACCACUAUCAAAGUCACUUCCUCAAUAUCACUCUCUUCAUUCUCUCGCCACUACUACCCUCAAUCGCCAGUCGCAAAUAUGCAAUUCUUCACCCCAGCUUUCCUCGUACUUAUGGCCGCCACAGUCAUGUCCAAUCCUACUCCUCAGGAUGGGCCACCGAUCCUUGAGUCCGAAAGAUUCUGCGUUGGUGGCGACAUUGUAUGCUCCUAUAGCAAUGGAGGAUCCUGCGUCGUCCCCCGCACUUUGAAGUGCAGAUGCCCUGCAAACUGGGACGGCGGACAUAACAGCAAGAGUGGCUGCGGUGUUAUUGCCAACAACGUUGACCAAUGGGAUGUGUGA